AUGAUUAGUAUGUACGGGAGGGCGUUCGGCUUCGCGCGGCACAACAACAGAAGGCAAGGCAAAGACACAUGGCUGAAGCACAUAAGCGCAAAGAGAACACAUCAGGAGUGUGUGGAGGACGAGGAUAAGGUACGUUUACUUACGGUAGAAGUCGUUAAAGUACGCGAGCUCGUGAUCCAGCUCGGACAGGAUCGCAAGCAUCACGUCAUCGUUCAUAGAGGACCACCGCAGCUGGUAGACGACAAAGAUGACGACUGGGCAGACUCAGUGAUUCGUGGUCAGUGGUCAGCGGUCAGCGGUCAGCCACCGGAUCGGACCGGACGAACGGAGGGACGGAAAUUACUAGUGGCGGACAAACGCCGUGAGGUGAGCGCCACCUCGGCGGCGAUGGCUUGGACGAUGACGAUUUCUUCGUCAGCAGUACGGCGCACAAAAACCAGUCAUCGCCGCGGCGGCUGCGGCUGCGGCGGUGGCAGCUUGGGGCGACGGCGUAAGCUAGCUGCCACACGUCAGCUACGGUGGAAACAACGUCGCGCGGCGAUGAGCCUCUUCCUCACCAGUCCACUCGCUGUCCGUUCACUUGAGAGUGCCAACUACCUCGGCUUUUCUCUGACCCAAAAUGUACAACGCCGAAGCCAGGCGCCAAGCCACCAGGCGGAAUGUGCCAACGCUGCCAGAGCGGAGGCAAGACGACGGGAGGCGAAGCAGGCGAGUCAAGGUGCUACGUGGCGCGGUGGCGUGUCGCGGCGCGACGCGACGCGACGCGGCACGACGCAGCGCUGUGAACAGGCGAUACCGUUGUCAUUUACUUUCCCCUACAUCACCAGAAUAGCGCUAGACGAACUUUGUCGCAAACAGAAAAUCAAUAAAACUCAACAUCCGACCACAAACGAUUUCUAA